AAACAACCCGACCCGGUGGAUGACCCAUUUACAAAUUUCACCCUAUAAUCACACAUAUCUUGCUAAUAGAUAUUUUACCUUGUUUAGGCUGCACAACUCAGCUGCAGAAUCAGUCAUGGCGUUUCCAUAUAUGGAAGCUGUUGUUGGGUUUAUGAUAUUGAUGUAUAUCUUUGAGAGUUACCUUGAUCUACGCCAACAUACUGCUCUUAAGUUGCCGAAGCUCCCAAAAACUUUGGAAGGUGUGAUAAGCCAAGAAAAGUUUGAAAAGUCAAGAGCAUAUAGUAUUGAUAAAAGCAACUUCCAUAUUUUUCACGAGUUUGUAAGUAUAUUGAUGGAGUCUGCAAUUUUGUACUUUGGGGUAUUGCCCUGGUUCUGGAAGAAAUCAGGAUCAUUUUUGGUGACGGCCGGCCUCAAUGCAGAGAAUGAGAUACUACGCACUCUUUCAUUCUUAGUUGGUGUUAUGUUUUGGUCACAGAUAACUGAUUUGCCCUUUUCACUGUAUUCAACUUUUGUGAUUGAAGCCCGCCAUGGUUUCAACAAACAAACAAUAUGGUUAUUCUUUAGAGACAUGAUAAAAGGAAUUGUCCUAUCAAUUGUAAUCGGGCCUCCAAUUGUUGCUGCGAUCAUAGUAAUAGUACAGAAAGGAGGUCCCUACUUGGCAAUUUAUCUUUGGGGAUUUAUGUUCGUUUUAUCUCUCGUGAUGAUGACUAUUUACCCUAUUCUAAUAGCUCCACUCUUUAACAAAUUCACUCCUCUUCCAGAAGGAGAACUUAGAUCAAAGAUUGAGAAACUUGCUUCCUCCCUCCAAUUUCCUUUAAAGAAGUUGUUUGUUGUUGAUGGAUCUACUCGGUCAAGCCACAGCAAUGCUUAUAUGUAUGGAUUCUUUAAGAACAAGCGUAUCGUUCUUUAUGACACAUUGAUUCAACAGUGCAAAGAUGAGGAGGAAAUCGUUGCUGUUAUCGCCCAUGAAUUGGGUCACUGGAAGCUUAAUCACACCAUGUUCACAUUUGUUGCUGUUCAGAUUCUCUCAUUCUCACAGUUUGGAGGGUAUACUCUUGUUAGAAAUUCCAACGAUCUGUUUCAGAGCUUUGGUUUUGAUACACAACCAGUCCUCAUUGGGCUCAUCCUUUUUCAGCACACUGUAAUGCCACUCCAGCGCGUAGUAAGCUUUGCUCUUAAUCUUGUUAGCCGAGCUUUUGAGUUCCAGGCCGACGCUUUUGCCAAGAGUCUUGGGUAUUCCACACCACUACGAGCCGCUCUUGUGAAACUGCAGGAGGAAAACCUAUCAGCUAUGAACACAGAUCCAUGGUAUUCCGCUUAUCAUUACUCACAUCCUCCACUAGUUGAACGAUUGGCUGCAAUUGACGAACCCGAUAAGAAGACAGACUAAAGGAUUACAACAGCAGCUAGAAUUACAUGUAACACUUUGUUAAUUCCUCGAAUAUUCUGUUAUUCUCAUUGCUUCUCUUGCAUAUGGAACAUAACACGUCUACACCCAGUUAUGGGGAGUCAUAUCUAAAGGGAUAGCUACCGAGGUAGUAAAGGUGAUAGAAUGGCCAGAGGGAGCCUUUGGGGCAAGCAAGUGCAUUUUAAAUUUCUCUCUUUAUAGUAAGACUUCACAUUUUGCUA